ACGAAUACUGUGAAAGACUCAAGAUUGCAGAUGUUGCUCGUAGAUAUCUUUUCCGGUUAUUUUGUCUUUCUCAUGUUCGCUGUUCUUAUAUUUUCCUUAUCUAUGGCAUUGAAAUAUUUUGCAAGGUGCAAGGAGCCUUCGCAUCUGAGCUGUACGUGGUCAACUGGUCUCAAUUGAUUAUGUCCAGAUUCGGCUUGGUUGCUCAAACAAUAUUUCAGCUUUCCGCUGCUGUUUUUCUUCUAUGGAACUUGUUGCAACGCAAGUGGAAGUACAGUACGGGUGUUGAAAGUAAGAAUGCGUUCGAAAUUGUGGCAAGAAUUUCUGAACUUGCCGUUGCCUUAUGGUUCCCAUGUGUACUUUGGAAUUGUGUCAAACCAAAAGAGCUGUGGAUAUUGAACCCAAGAAAAAUUAUAAAGACAUUUGAAGAGGAAGCAGACGAAGAGGAAACGACGGUUUUCAUUAACGCUGUCAAGAGUUACAACAGUAUUUCUGGACAGUCUGUCAGAGAAUCGACUCGGGACUGUUGGAUAUGCUACGAUGUUAACCGCAAGGAUGCCGGUCCUAUGAUUUUUCCUUGCCAAUGCAAAGGUGACGUUGCCGCUGCUCAUCAGGAGUGUUUGAAGCGCUGGCUCAUGGAGCUGUCCUUGAUUCCUGUGAAGCUCCAUCUUGUAGAGUUUGCAAAACCAAGUAUACGAUCAAGAAAACUCGUGGAUUCGCUUCUGCACGUUCUGCAUUGAGGCAUUAUGGUCAAGCUCUCGUCGUAAUUAUGAUAAUGUUAGGCGUCGCUGUCGGGACAUACCGCUUAUGUGAUUAUUAUAAAUCUACCCUUCUGAAUAUUGCCUCCAUUGGAUUGGCCAUCUUGUGCGAAUGUGGCUUACUCAGGUGGUUGGGCUAUAGUUUCAUUACAGCUUACCAUCGUGCACGGUUGACUUCGAUUGUUGUCUUGGGAAGGGGAGCUCAUCAGAUGACAAGUUAAAGUUGUAGUGAUCAACCGAACUGUCUACUAUCAUUCGAUUGGUAAGACUGGUAGUAAAUAGACCUUUGAUCUCCAAAGGAGACACGGUAACGUUUUGAUCUAUUGAUCCCUAUAGGGGGAGUUGAUAAUACGUCAAAAUUAUCAAUGGGCCAUCAUGUAUUGCUUGCUCUGAUGACCCAUUUGGUCGAUGUAUGGCCAAGAAUUUUAUGACUUACCAAUCGUCUUUCAUAAUUAUUUUGGUGAUUCGAUCUUGAAAUGCCUAGCAUGUACCAUCUCUGGUUUAAAGAUAUGUUUAAAACACCGAUGACAAAUAAUUUUGUGUCGAUUGACAUGUGUUCCCUAAAACUGAUUACAUAGAGAUAAGUGCAACUUAUCGCAAGACGAUUAAUCAGCUUGGAUUAUGUACGGCUCUGUGAAGCAAUUAAACUUAUAUAGACUUUAA